CUUUAAAUAGCCAUGCUCUUCUGCAGGCUCUCAACAACACAUGGAUUGUUCCUCUUUUCCUUUGUCCCGAACACACUUCAACUCCACUCAUUCCCUUUAGUGGCUCUUCAAGUUCCUUCUUAGAUAAGAUUUAUGCAAAUUCCUUCACAAAAUCCCGAAUAUCCAAUUACCAACCACCAUUGCAGCAACCCCAACCCCAACCCCAAACCUUCGUCCAGGAAAAAAACUUCGCUUUAAAUUCUCUCGGGUUCACUCAGUUCGUUAGUUAGUUACUCCAACCAUGAGAGAGCCGCAGAACGACACCCUGGCGACCCAACUAACAACCACCAACGACGACGUGCCAUCUGCCGUCGUUUUGUUCGGGAAGUACGAGUUGAAGAGGUUACUGGGAGUCGGCGCGUUCGGCAAGGUGUACCACGCCACAACCGCCGUCACGCGCCAGAGCGUGGCGGUGAAGGCCGUCAGCAAAAGCAAGGUCUUAAACGGAGGUUUUGCUGCCAACGUCGAACGCGAGAUCUCUAUCAUGCGCCGCCUCCACCACUCCAACAUCAUUGACCUCUUCGAAGUACUCGCGACGAAGACCAAAAUCUACUUCGUCAUGGAGUUUGCCGCCGGCGGCGAACUCUUCCACACGGUAGCCAGAAAGGGGCGCCUCGAGGAGGAGGACGCCAGGUUUUACUUCCGGCAACUCAUCUCCGCCUUGAAACACUGCCACUCGCUCGGCGUGUUCCACCGCGACCUCAAGCUCGAUAAUUUGCUGCUCGACGAGAACGGGAAUUUGAAAGUCUCCGAUUUCGGGUUGAGUGCAGUCACGGGUCAGAUCCGACCCGACGGGUUGUUACACACUAUUUGUGGAACCCCUACCUACGUGGCACCCGAGAUUCUGUUGAAGAGAGGCUAUGAUGGUGCGAAAGUGGAUCUGUGGUCGUGUGGCGUCGUUUUGUUUGCGCUCACCGCAGGUUAUUUACCAUUCAAUGAUUGCAACGUCACCGUUUUAUUCAGAAAGAUUUACCGCGGUCAAUUCCGGUUCCCUAGGUGGAUGUCCAGUGAUCUGAGGUACCUCUUAUCACGCUUGCUUGACACAAAUCCCGAAACCAGGAUUACCAUUGAUGAGAUCUACCAAGACACGUGGUUCAACGCGGGUGAGGACCAGUACGAACCGGUUCGGGUCAAGGAGAGUGAAUGCGUAUGCGGGGAUAGAGGAACCGGGUUCAAGUCGCUGAACGCGUUCGACUUAAUUUCUUUUUCGACAGGUUUGGACAUGUCGGGUCUUUUCGAGGAUCCGAACGGGUCGGAUUCCGUGGAACGGGUUGUUUCUGCCGCGUUACCAGAGAAUAUUAUAGAGAGAGUGGAGGCGGCAGCGGAGGAGGGGAAGGUGGUGGUAAAGAGGGAGAGAAACGGUGGUGGAGCGAAUUUGGAAGGGCAGGACGGUAAUUUGAUAGGUCUCGUAGUAGUUUACCGGUUAACGGAAGAGCUUGUAGUGGUUGAAAUGACGAGAAGUGAGAAGGGAGGGGAAUCUGGCGCGAAGUUUUGGAAAGAUAAACUGCGCCCUCUGCUUAUUGAAUUGGCAGGUGAACGGGAAACGCCGGUUUCCGGUGACUUCUGUAACAUAUAGUUUGGUAUCUAUGUUUUUUGGUCUGGGUACCAAUCAGGAUCCAUCAUUUUUAUGGAUUGGGUUUAUGUUUUGCAGAAUUUAUAAAAUUAAGUACGUAAUAAAGAUGUUUAAUGGAAUUUUAGAAUACUUUAAUACA